AGGAACAGAUGCUCUCAAUUUAAGCAUGACAGGCUGAAAUUGCAAGAGACGGGCCGAUUCGGCUGCCGGUAAUAAUGGGCCGAUCAGCGGGUCUGGGCUGCUUUACGCGACAGUAAGAGCACAGCCAGGAGAAAUCCCAAGAACAAACAUAGCCACACAUACAAAUUUCCAGCAUGGAUGGUCCUUCAAAGCAUCGAACAAUCCAGCUGAGAAGACUGUCCUUAAUUGGGAAAGACUGCAAAAAUUUCAGGUACAUAUCCUUUCCCUUUUCAUUUAUGGUGAAUGCCAAUUGCCAUGGCUGUUGUUUUAUUAUGUGCAGCGACACCGACGUCAGGAAUCUAUUGACUGCUGACGCUGAAUUUCCCCUAUUUAAACGACGACUGCUCUCGUUGGUCGCCACAAAAUAGAAAUCGAAUAGAAAACGGAGGAAAAACGCAAACUUUUCCACAUCCAUGGAGAAUCAGCAGCACCAAGGAAGAAAUGGCGCCGCCGCCGCCGCUCCUACCGCCGAGAAUCGCUUCUCCGUGUUGAACUGCAUCGAUCUCUCCAGCCCGGACACUCAAAGUUCGGUUUCGUUGCUCAAGCAGGCGUGCUUGGAUUGUGGGUUUUUCUACGUAGUGAAUCACGGGAUAAGCCAGGAAUUCAUGGCGGAGGUGUUUGCUCAGAGCAAGAAGUUCUUUGAAUUGCCGGCCAAGGAGAAGAUGAAGGUGUUGAGGAAUGAGAAGCAUCGAGGGUACACUCCGGAGCUGGACGAGCUAUUGGAUCCUGAGAAUCAAGUUCAUGGAGAUUAUAAGGAAGGGUAUUACAUUGGAGUAGAAGUCCCUGAAGAUGAUCCUGAAGCAGAGAAACCAUUUUAUGGGCCCAAUGUUUGGCCAUCAUCAGAGGUUUUGCCCGGUUGGAGAGAAACAAUGGAGAAGUUCCACCAGCAAGCUCUAGAGGUAGCAAGAGCAGUUGCGAGAAUCAUAGCUCUUGCGCUUGAUCUAGAAGCUGAUUUCUUUGAUAAACCCGAGAUGCUUGGUCACCCCAUUGCAGUAAUGAGACUGCUGCAUUAUGGAGGUCAGGUGUCUGAUCCCUCAAAGGGAUUAUAUGGAGCUGGAGCCCAUUCUGACUAUGGUUUGAUUACCCUUCUAGCCACAGAUGACGUCUAUGGACUCCAAAUAUGCAAGAAUAAGGAUGCUCAACCUCAAGUGUGGGAAUAUGUUGCACCAAUGCAAGGAGCUUUUGUUGUGAAUCUUGGUGACAUGUUGGAGAGGUGGAGCAACUGCAUUUUCAAGUAAAUUCUCGUAUCUCAGGCUUUGCUGCAUUACAAAUUUGUCAAGUCGCAAUACCAUUCCCUGUGACAACUGUAGAGUGUAAACUAAAAUAGAUUUGGCAAUCAAUUGAUGGAGAGCAUAUUUCUACCGUAUAUUGCUUGUAUAUCCAUGAAGCAAACCAGUGGUGUCCAUAACUUCCUUAUAUUAUCUUGGUGAUGCAUUCUAAUCGUGACUUUUCGCCCUUUGUUAACCAUUUUUGGCUCUGCAGAUCCACAUUACAUAGAGUUCUAGGAAAUGGUCAGGAGAGAUAUUCCAUUGCAUACUUUGCGGAACCAAGUCAUGAUUGUCUAGUCGAAUGCUUGCCUACAUGUAAAUCAGAGAAGAAUCCUCCCAAGUUUCCGCCAAUCACAUGCAGCACAUACCUGAGCCAACGGUACAAGGAUACUCAUGCCGAUUUGAGCGUUUAUAACCAGAAGCAACAACAUACCUGACUUACUUUUCUGUCCACGAAACUAGCACUCCUCGUAUAGUCAUAUUCCUCUCAUCUUACUGGAGAAUAAGAAAGGCAAGUUUGUUGCCUGUAGGCCAAGGCUCGGCUGCAGAAGAAGCUCCCGAGUCAUGCCCUACCAGAUGAUGUUACUUGUUGUACAAGUUUAUACUACGCAGUCACUUUAGUUAAAAGCUGAACCAUAAGCUUCCCAAAUCAAUCCUCUGGCUCUUCAUAGUUAAUUCGUUUGCUCGGUAUCUCUACUCGGUACUCAACUGGUCAUGUGAAGAAAAAGGAACAGCUUGUUUCGUUUCUUUGUUUUGGUGCAGUAGCGAGUGUAUCAAUCCGCCUGCCUACUUUCUUUGCACGUAAUUAUCGAAGAGAUAUUGAGGAGUUUUGGGAUUGCAUUCGAAUGGUUUAGUGUGUACAUAGAAAGUUAUUGCCUUCAAGUGUUCAAGUUAAGAUUGUGAACCAAAUCAGAGAUUGCAGAGGCCAGAAGGUGAAGAGAUAAUGACAAUGGCGAAUUUAUUGUGUUACCAGUAAUCCCGUUGUUUUUUCCACUUUACUUCACCAAAGUGAUGGGCACUGGUCAGGAUCAACUUGCAUACCAGAGUUAAGAAAAUAGAAGAACAGAAGAACGACUUCAUAACAAAACCCACGAACAAUUCUUUAAUUCAGAGAACAUAGUUAACCCAAAAUCUCCCCUGCUCCCCAUAAAGUUUUAAAGUAAUACCAACAGGACCAUGUCUAAUCUAAAUAGAUAGAGCCUCACUCCCAGAACAAUUUCUCAGCAGAAAAGAGAACACAAAAUGAAUAAGCACACCUCUAUACCACCUAAUAACGCCAGGCCAGAAUCAGCAGCAAAAUGAUAGUUAAACUCAAACAGCAAGCCGAAUCCAUACCCUUCCUCUAAAUGCCUAUUAUCUUCGAUCUGUUUUCCCGAUGGAGCGCUUCCCAGAGAACAGGUGCUUCGGUCUAAGCGUCGGGAUAACUCUAUCUGCCUCACCACGCCGAGCAUCCUUGUUCCUCUUCUUGGUAGCAUUCCUGGCCAUUGUAACAGCUUUCAUCUUCUGAGCAGAGUCCUUGAACCCUUCUCCAGGUACAACCUCCCCAAGAGGCCGCUGAGACAACACUGACAUCGACCUCGAUCUCAGCCUCAGCUUCUUCUUGUUAUCCAAACCACCAUCGAUCUCCAUUACAUCCUCACCAUCCCCACCAACAGACCUCUCUCUCUUCCUUCCUUUCCUGGAGACAGACCUGCUCCUAGCACGUUCGAUAGCACGAGAAGGAUCGAUCCCCAAGCUUGACAGCUGCCUUCCCAUUCUCUCAGUAGUGAACUUCCUGUCCUUGUCAAAUUUCCUAGGCACAGUUGGCCGACUUUCUGCAGUGCUCUUCUUGAUCCUAUGCUUUUGGAUCAACAGCUUCUUCCUCUUCCUGAUUUCUUGCAGGUCUUUUUCAGCCUCGGCAGUAAAAUCUUCAUCCUCCAUCUCAAAGUCACCACCAUCUUCCUCUACUGCUGUUUCUUCACGUUCCAGCUCCUCAACCCUCUGCAAGAUAUCCGGAUCAAUGAAAUCAUACACAUUAUGGCCAUCGAGGAACUCGGGCAAUAUGUCCAGCUUCCAAUCGUCAUCCGCUAGAAUGUAGUGCUUCCUCAAGCUGGCAGAGUACACACCAGCACCACCAUUCUCAUUUUCGAUAUCCUUCUCGGUUUUUCUCUCCUCAUGUGCUGCCUCUUCUGCUCUGGCUUCCAAAACUGCUUGGGGUAUGCAGACUGGCCUCUCCUUUUGGUCACGCGGCUUUGGCAUUGCUACAUGGAAGCGAUUCAACACGGUAGGCAUCUUCUUGGAUUUCAUCUUACGCUCCGAUCGCUGAUCCAGCAGCCUCUGGCAAGCUGCAUUCUUUACUGCCAUCACGCCUUCGUCGGUUAUCGUGCUCAUGGUCAGGAGCACAUCCUGGUCAUUAGCAGCUUCACCUCCUUGACCAGGGAUAGUCUUCAGUGCUGCGGAUUUCAUCUCCAUGACAAGCUUCAGGUCUUCUCCACUCAGUCCUUCCAGGGUCUGCAAAUCUGUUUUGUUGCAGACAAUGAGCACAGGGUUGUUCCUGAACAUCAUCUUGAUGCUGUGGAAUAAUGCUGCUUGUUGAGAGAUGCUGUAGCCACACGAGCCCGAUAGGUCCAAGAAGAACAAGAUAGCGGCAUGGAGAUUCACGAGAGCUGUAACGCUGCACAUCUCGAUGAUGUUCCUAUCCUCAAGAGGCCUGUCCAAGAGCCCCGGUGUAUCGAUCACCUGAUACCUCAGGUACUUGUAGUCCGUAUGCCCCACAAAGAGCGAUUUCGUGGUGAAAGCAUAUGGCUGGACCUCCACAUCAGCCCUGGUGAUCUUGUUCAAGAAAGAGCUCUUCCCAACAUUGGGGCACCCACAAAUCAAGAUCGUCGGAGCGCCCGUGUUGAUCGAGGGAAGCCUCGCCAUGUGCUGCCUGACAUGUUCGAGGUAAGCCAAGCUCGGCCCAAUGCGCUUGGUCACAGUACACAUUCGGCCAAGUGCUGCACGCUUCAACGACUUGCACCGGUAGAGUGAGUCCCCAUAUUUCAAGAGCUUCACAUAGUCUUCGCGUAUCCUCUUGAUGAGAUUUCUCGCUGUGUUGAGCUGCCCGAGUGCGAGUUUGUAGUGAUCCUUGUUGUAGAGGACGUGGAGGAGGUCGCCGUAAAAGGGAUGGAUAUCUUCUACUCGAGGGAAGUCCUCAAUGGUUUUCGAGAGCUUAUCGGUGAAGUUGGUUUCGGUGAACUUCACCUUUCGCAUGUAGAACUGGCGGACGCGGGAAAUUGCAUUCCCCUUGUGGAUCACCGUAGGGGUCUGGCGCUGAGUGCGAGAGAGAACGAUGUCGAUCAAGUCGUUCCCAGUUGGGACGACAGUGAUCUUCUUGAAAUCGUAUUGAGCCAUGUAAUCUGCAACAACAAGCAG